ACGGCACCGCUGGGGCUAGUUUCUACUUUGAGAGAACCAUCUAGCUGGGGUCGUUGCCUGUCCCCCACCCCGAUGCCGGGGCUGUGCUUGCCGCGCUGGGAGGAUCUGUACAGCCUGCGGCGGAUCUUGAAUGAGCGCUCAGAGCCGAAGAUCCGGGAGACAGUGCGAAGCUUCUUUCUCUGCACUCUACCCGCUGAGGGCGGCAAACAGGAAUAGGGUCCCCAUUUCAAAGAUGACUACGGUGAGGCGCUGAGAAGUUACUUGCUCGUGACCCUACCGCCUGGAAUUAGCGCAGCUGGAAUUGAGUUCAGGUCUGACAAAGUUCUUGCUCUCACCUCCAUCUCGUGCUUCCCAGAAGCCCUGCUCCUCUGUGGGUGAUUCCAGAUGCCCGAAUCAGACAGGUUGCCUGGGUCCAGAAUUAACGACUGCGCAUUAGCCCUCCAUGGCUCACACGCAUGGGGGUCUAGGGUCAGACUGGGGGAGCCGGGAGUCCCUGCAGUUCUGGACCCUGCUCUACAAGACCGCAAACCUGGGGAUGGAGUGGGGCUCGUGUUGAAAACCGGAACUGAACAGGCGGAACUGAACGGAACUGAACAGGCGAAAUUUACCAUCAUGUCAAACUGUCCUCAAAUUCCUGCUCACUUGAAGGGUGUUUCUCCUUGAUCACCUCCCCUCCCCUUCCAUCAGUGACCUCAAUGCAAAUACAAGCAGGAUGGUCCUGCUGGAUGCCCCAGGUUUUGGACGCAAGUGGUGACACAAUCCGUUGGGGCGCGGGAUCCUCCCCCUAAUUGGUUGCGCCGAGCUCCUGGCUCCCCCCAGACCCAGAGCUGCGGCAUAAGAGCAGCAACCGGUGCUGGGAGGCAUCAGAGCCACUGACCAGCUCAGGCAUUAUCGCUACUUCGACAGUGUCAUCACCUGAUGCCAAAGCUGCUGCCACUGCCACAGUCGCUGCUCCAAGCUACCCUCUACUUGCUGCCAGAGAGGCGUCAUGGGCUUCUGGAAGUUCUCCGCCUUCCUGCUUCUCAGCAUCUUGGUCCUGUACCAGGCGGGCAUCCUCCAGACAGCACCAUUCAGGUCUGCCUUGGAGAGCCACCCAGACCGUGCUAUACUCACUGAGGAGGAAACUUGCCUCCUACUGGCUGCGCUGGUGAAGGACUAUGUGCAAAUGAAGGCCAGAGAGCUGGAGCUGGAGCAGGAGACAGAGGGCUCCAGUUGGGAAAGGUGUGGAAUCCUUCACUCUGGGAAUUCGUCUUGCCCUACUAAGGAGACCUCCGAGCACUGGAAGAGUGAGGACUGCCUUACUGCUCAGAAGAGAUCCUGCAACACUGCCAUCUGCGUGAUCCAUCGGCUGGCAGGCUUGCUGAGCAGAUCUGGGGGUGUGGUGAAGAGCAACUUCGUGCCGACCAAUGUGGGCUCCAAUGCCUUUGGCCGGCGCCGCAGGGAUGUUCAGGCCUGAGGAGUGAAAUGACUCCAGGAAGAAGAUCACCAUGAAGCUAAACUCUACUUCCUUUAAUUUGUAGUGAAAACAACUUGUAGGACAGGGUGCAUGGAAGACACACCUAUAUGCAUGCUUCUAGAUACUGAAGUCACUCGUUUUUGUUUGAAAUAAACUAAAGCUAAAUGCAGAAUAAAAUCAUUGUGGUUA